UUAUUAAUACAUGAUGUGUGAAAAGUCAUGUUAUUGAUUUGAAUUCAGUGUGAUUAAGUAUGUGCCAUAAUAACUACAGACAGAAAUGCCACGGGAUAUUUUGAGCGAUAGUUUGGCUGUGCUUAGGAUUGUUGAGCAUGAAGAUGAGGAAAACUGGCCAUUAGAAGAUAAAGCGCCCUGCAAACAGAACAAUAAAAAAGUUACAAAUUCCACCUCUACAGAAAAUGGACAAAAGUAUCCCAAAGAUGAUUGCGCUUGCUAUUACAAUUAUGCUCUCGGUGAUGGCACCACAAACCGGCAAAACGAUCCCAUAUAUCAGUACAAAACAAGCAGUCUGCCCGCUGCGUCAUCCAUCAUCCAAUCCUGGGAUGACAUUGUUUGCUCGCCCUUGCGGAUAACACCAGAAGAUAUUGCCAAUCAGUUGUCGCUACUAGACUUGCCAUGUUUCAAGUCCAUUCGACCAGAGGAACUCUCGACUUGUGGAUGGACGAAAGCUAACAAAUUGACUGUCGCACCCAACGUGGUCGCCUUUACUAAAAGAUUUAACAGGGUGAGCUUUUGGACAGUACAAGAAAUACUCAAUGGCCAGUCGCCAAAAGCGAGAGCUGAAACUUUAGCCCACUUUAUAAAAGUGGCUAAGAAGUUAUAUGACCUUAACAAUCUCCACUCACUUUUCGCAGUUAUCUCAGCUUUACACAGUGCCAGUAUAUAUAGGCUGUCAAAAACUUGGGCCUGCCUAUCGAAGAAGGACAAGCAGCAAUUCGAUAAGCUGGCAGAAUUGUUUGGUGAGAAGGACAACUGGACAGCUCUUCGCGAAUACAUGCGGUCUAUCUCUCUUCCUUGUAUACCUUACCUUGGUAUAUUCCUCACAGACUUAGUUUACAUAGACAUGGCGCACCCAGCCGGUUCUCCACACCGCGUAUCCAAGAUGGCUGUUGUACUGAAAACCUUAGAACGUUAUCAGACCUCAGAGUACGAGAUCGCGCCUGUUCCCCAUGUGGCCAACUAUCUCAACAGCGUGCGGUACAUUGAAGAGCUCCAGAAGUUUCUGGAAGACGAUCAGUACAAGUUGUCACUAAAAUUGGAGCCCCCAUCACCGAUAGGCAGCUGUGCAGGGUCCAAGGAGUCUGUCAAAGAGGUCGCAGUACCGGGCACUUGCACAUCGUUCUCGCUGUCUCCAUCGCACCGCUUGGGUUCGGGCUCCCUACGACUCCAAGGCACUUACACACAAACUAAAUUCAUACCCACCCACCGAAAAUGUCGUUCACUUGGCUCCAAGUUUCGAAGCGCGAGCUUGCCAAGAAAUUUUCACAAGGUCAAUUUCGGUGUGGGUAUAUUUGGAAAAUGUCACAGCGAGGAUAAGGAUGAAAGGACACCGGCUGGUUCGGUGAAUUUGUUGGAUGAUACAUUACUGGAGUCACCUAUGUCGGUGGCGGGUGCUAAGAUGUCUCAGACACUUCCUUACAGUGACGUGUUAUCAGUUUUGGAUCCAGCCGAGUGCGAUUUCCAAGGCUAUGUGAGAAGGAAGACUAUAAUAAAAGACGGAAGAAAGAUAUCGCUUUCUUCUUGGCAGCGCUACUGGUUGCAGAUGUCCGGGAAUAUCAUUUUGUUCUACGGAUCGAAGACUUUCAAAGGGACGUGCCGAAGUGACUUCAGCAAGGAGCGCUGCAAGGUGCUGCGUCUGCACGACGGUUGGCGCGCCGUGUGGCUCGGGGCGGAGGCCCCCGACGCCUUCCAGAUGAUCGACCACAGCUGUGGGACCGUCUACAAGUUCAAAACCGGAUGUGAGGCCACAGCGAAGCAAUGGGUUGAGAUGAUUAAUGACGUCACAGAUAAGAUGAUCAAACCUCUUCCCGCCAAUCUCAUGUCUUUCGAAUAACUCGAUGAAUCUUAUACACUAUGUAGUAUGUAUGUACGUAAUGAGUGGACUCCGAUUCCUUUUCGCUUUGACUGAGGGUAUGGGACAAGAUGGCAUAUGCCAUACAAGUUGGAUUAUAUAGUAUUUAGGAAUACAAUUUUUUUAAAUUUAAAUAUCGGUCUUGCCCGUCGGUCUCACUUUCUACGACCCGUUAUUUUUAUAUAGCUACCAUACACUGUCGUAUUACAACUAUCUAUAUUUAUAUUGCACUAACUAAACAGUUUUCGAAUUUACAGCUGUUUAAAGUUCACACAAAUAGUAAAUAACUUCAAUACAGCUUAGCAUCUAAUCACAAACUCUCGAUCAGAUGUGAAACUGUACAGAAAUGAUCUAUUAUUUAUGUGCUAGUCAUAUUAUCUGAACUUGAAACGGAUCUCUAGUGAAAUCGAUAAUUGUGUACCUAGUUAGUCCAUUUGUGAAGUAGCCAUCGAUAUUGUACGAUUUUUAUAUUCUAAAGUUUAUCUUGUUAUACAAUAUUCCUAAAGUUUAUAAGUGUGCCAUCUUAUCCCUUGCCUACUCAAUCAAUAUUGACGUAUGUCAAUGCGACUAGGUAAAGGAGUCUAGUAAUGAGUGAUCUGAUUUAUGUAAACUCCGUCGGAAAUGUCAGUGCACUUGUGACGUCACGUGAGCGAACAAAGUAUCGAAAUACUAUAGUUAAAUUAACACGCAAAACUGCAUAUCGAUUUUUUUCAUUGAUUUUGCGAUAUUUUGCGAUUGCGUACACUAAAUUGUUAGUAAUAAUCUUUCGAUACAAAAAAGGUAGGGAAUAACUAUAAUGACGUUGGGGAUAUCAUUCCUAUAAUUUUUUGGUUAGAAUUAUGUGUUGGCGCUAAGAGUGCAAGAAGCACAGAUAUUUCCGACAGAUUCUAUGCGUAUGGCAACUUUAGUAACUAAACUACAUUUUAGUAGAUUAUCAAGUUACAUUUAUAUAAUUAUUAUAUGCUUAAUUUUUGCCGAAGAGGCUUUUGUGCUAUUAUAUUUCUUUGGAAAUGUGGAUAUUAAAUGUGAUCAUUAUUAUUAUUGUCAAAUAAACGCCUUAUUAAUAUAAUGCUUGGACCACAUUAAGGUUACCUAACGCUCAUCACCGCUAUAGUAAGGCGCAUAUAAAACGUCCAUACUAACAAAGGGAAAACGUUUACGCCAUGUUGUGAUGUCUUAACUAGAAAUAUAUUUUUACUCAAUAUAUUUGUCAAUGGAUUUCGUAGGACUGAGCCUUAUUAUAGAAUACAUCAAUAAUAAUAAUUAAGCAAAAUAUUUUCCGUGAUAACUGUAAUUUCAGUAAUUCUCAAAUGAAAGUUGACAAAGACAGGACAAUAUGGUUUUCUCUUUGUUAGUUUGUACGUAUUAUAAAUAAUUCAAAAUGUUGUAAACAUUGCAUUUGACUAUACACUUCAUUUAGUGUUAAUUGCCAAUAAAUUACAAGACCGCUCGAAAAGGACUCGAAAUACAGUCAAACCUGGAUAAGUGAGAAAACUCUAGUGCGAGUAAUAGCCAGGACCCGUCAUUUUAAGCUCCCAAAACCUCUAUUAAUAUAUUAAAUAACCUCGAAACUUCAUCCGAUUGGCAGAGAGCUGAAAAAAAAUUCUAAAUGGCGGAUUUAAGAUGGCGGCCAUACCGAUUUCGUCGGUGUCUAUCUCGGAGGCUAUAAAAGAUGGAAGAAUGGUUUCUUGGCAAAAGAUGAUCAGGAUUCGAAGGUCUACUCGAUGAAUAGAAAAAAAUUCAAAAUGGCGGAAUUUAUAUUUCCAUAGAAAAUGUAUGGCGAAUAUUGAAGAGACUAAAGAUUUGACGACCAAAAAGACAAGGUCCGCAUUUUGAAAAACCAACUCUGCAUGCUCGCGGACCACUUCAGUGGUCCGCGCACCCACGCGCCCUACUAGUUACAAAAAUAGCGCGUCAAGACUAAACCAAUGUUCAUGUGUUCAAUAAGGCGAUAAUAAUUGAGGAGCUGAUGAAAAACGGUGUAAUUGCAUGAUAUAAAAUUUUUCAGGAGGAGGAAAAAGGUGAAUGAUGGUAGUUGAGACUUUCCUGCAAUUGUACCGUAUAAAUGCAAUGUUUAAUUCGUCUGCUUCCAAAUAUUAACAGCGUCAAACCUUAGUGUGGUCCCACCAUAAAAGUGACAUGUACCAGACAGUUAUGUUCAAUUAAAUAAUUUGUUGUUUUGACUCGUGGGCGCUGUUCAAUGUGACUAUUCAUUAACCCUUCCACUUAUAUCUUUUAAAAGUAAGCAACUUCCACUCCUAUUUUUCUUGCCAACUAACGAAAACAGUAAUACUCAGUUGAUAAAAUUAAAAUAGUCCAUGUACUUUGGAUGAUCUCGGUGUCUGUUUCAAAUAUAGCUAAGUCACUAUAGUGUAAUUAAUUGUUUAAGCUUUCAUAUUCAUGUUUUUUUUUAUAUGUGACUAUAUUAAUAUAGUCGUAACUCGAAUGACCCUAUUUCAAUUGUUACUUUUGUUUGUUUUACGACUGAAAUUAUAAUCAAUUCUAUCUAUUAUCAGCAGAUUAUCGACAGAUAGGAUUGAUUUUAUUAAUUUCGACCAUUAUUAGCACUGUGGUUGCUAUCAUUCAAAUACUUUAAAUAAAUACUUUAAUUUGAAAGAAAAAUGUUGAUCCGUUUAGGUUUUUGACACCAUGACGUGUCCGGGUUACUUUACUUUAAUUUUGAAUACGUAUUCUUUAGUUCUAAGUUUAAAGCUCGAAUCCACCGACAAACUAACAGGAUUGAUAUAAAUUUUUAUAUCGUUAUAAUUAAGCUCAUUCUGUUGUAUCCAUGUACCUACGUAUCUAUAGGUUAUUUUGUGGUAAAGAAGUCUGUUAUUUUUAUUAUUAAGUGAUACAAACUAUACUCAAUAAAUAUCUUUUGAACAAUA